AUGGAAAUCAAGCCCGAAGACAACCAAGUCUACACCAACAUCCAAGAACUCGCCGAUGAGCUCCCCGAUAACACGCCUCGCUACAUCCUGCUAUCAUAUCCCUUGACUAUGCCAUCUGGGAGGCUCUCAGUCCCCUACGUAAUGAUCAACUACCUCCCCUCCACCAGCAACUCCGAGAACCGCAUGCUCUACGCCGGAGCGAAAGAGUUGAUGAAGAACACCGCCGAGGCGGGACGGAUAAUUGAGAUUGAUAAUGCGGAGGAUCUGGAGGGGAUUGAGGAGAUUUUGAAGGGGGAGGAUUAA